GGGAAAUUAACUGUUGCUUUAUCUUUUUUUUUUUUACUGACACGCCUUGUUUUUUGCACAAAACCUCUGGAAACUGCCAAGUUAAUCAAUAGCUCUCGAAUGGAAAUGGGAUAGGAAAAUGUGCAACACUUUUUUGGAGAUGAGGGGACUACGAAGGUGUUCACCCUUUGUCAGAGAUUGCUGGCUUCAAUAUUUUCUUUUUUUGCAGCGUGCAGAGUCAACGUGACCAUGAUGGAAAAAGAAGUGUUCCCAAAUUCCUCUGCGCAUACGGCUUAAAGUGCAACUCUGGUUAUUGAUUUUAUUUUAAAUCCACCGGCUCAGUUUGGGUGAUUUAAAAAAAAAAAAAAGUUCGCUCAAUGUGAUUUAAAUAAUUCUCUUUUUUUUUGUGAAAAUGUGAGUUUUGGGGUGCACCAGCCAGAGGCUUUAACGCAGAUUCAACAUUUUGCACCGGGGGAGAAACGGGCUUUGCACCGCAGCGACGUCCUCACUGUACUCCUCGCCAAAAUGCCUCUGGGAGCACCGGAUCCGUAAAGAAGCAACUGGAUACUACCCUUUCAUGCUGUUCAACGGGCAGCUGCACCAGGGAAGGCAAUAUCUGCGGGGUUUAGUGCAGUAAAUGCUGGACACACCUUUUUGAAUGUCCGUCAAGAUCUCAGCAGGGGUACCAUGACGAGCGAGGAGUGUCCUGUGCCACUGAGGAGAAUCUCCUCAGCAGGGCCAGGGCAGACUGAGGAAUACAGCUCGGCGCACCCUGAUGACAUCAUCGAGGAAGUUGGUCCAGGUGACGACGACGUCAGCAUCGGAAGUGACUUAAGCACUCUUGUGUUGCCCUUCCCUGAGCUGGCGCCAGUGGUCUUCUUCUGCCUCAAGCAGACCACCUGUCCUCGCAACUGGUGUAUUCGCAUGGUCUCCAGUCCAUGGUUCGAGAGGAUUAGCAUCAUGGUGAUCUUGCUCAACUGUGUGACGCUUGGCAUGUACCAGCCCUGCGAGAACAUUGACUGUACCUCGGACCGCUGUCAGAUACUCCAG